CCGCCCCUCGGGUCUCGGCCGCGUCCCGGCCCCGCUCUCCGUGCGCUGGCGCGGUCCAUGGCGAGCGCGUCAUGGCGAUCGAAGGUGGAGAGAGAACCUGUGGUGUUCAUGAACUUAUCUGUAUUAGAAAAGUCUCUCCAGAGGCGGUUGGAUUUCUGUCAGCGGUUGGGGUGUUUGUUCUCUUGAUGCUGCUCCUUUUUCUCUAUAUUAACAAGAAGUUCUGUUUUGAAAAUGUUGGAGGGUUUCCAGAUCUUGGUUCCGGAUAUAAUGCAAGGAGGAAUUCACAAGAUAAAAUGUAUAAUUCCUAUAUGGACAGAGAUGAGCCUGGUUCAUCCUCUGAAAGUGAAGAUGAAGCACUGGGUAAAUAUCACGAAGCCUUGUCCAGAACACACAAUUCCAGGCUACCGUUGGUGGAAUCUAGACAAAAGAACUAUGCUUGGGAAACAAGGCAAAAAUAUAGCCCUUUGUCUGCGGAGUACGAUGGGUACAGUAGUGAAGCGUCAAUAGAUGAAGGAAACUGCAUUCAAAGAAUGAGAAGGACGCCCCCACUGGAUGAGCUGCAGCCACCACCCUACCAGGACGACAGUGGCUCUCCCCACCUCUCGUGCACGCCCUCUGAAAUUGGGGAUGGAAAGUGUGAGCUCUCUCACUGCAGCAACAGCCCACGGUGCUCCUACAACAAGUGCCCAAGUGAAGGAAGCACAGGCCAUGAAGCAGAGAGCUUUCAUAACAAAGGGUAUGAAGAAGACGUCCCGAGUGACAGCACUGCGGUCCUGAGCCCUGAAGGUAUGUCAGCUCAAGGGUCCUCCUCACAGCUUCCUAAACCUUUUGAUCCUGAGCCAGAAGCUAAAUAUGGCACCCUGGAUGUGACUUUUGACUAUGACUCACAAGAACAGAAGCUUCUGGUAACAGUGACAGCUGUCACAGACAUCCCAACAUAUAACAGGACAGGUGGUAACUCAUGGCAAGUACACCUUGUUCUUCUACCUAUAAAGAAACAGAGAGCCAAAACCAGCAUCCAGAGAGGGCCAUGCCCUGUCUUCACAGAAACGUUUAAAUUUAACCAUGUCGAAUCUGAGAUGAUUGGAAACUAUGCAGUUCGGUUUAGGCUGUAUGGUGUACGUCGCACGAAGAAAGAAAAGAUUGUGGGGGAGAAGAUUUUCUAUUUAACAAAGCUGAAUCUUCAAGGGAAAAUGUCUUUACCUGUGAUACUGGAACCUUCUUACACUCCUUCUGGCUGUGACUCCCAAGUUAGCGUGUCAGAGAUGUCCUGUGGUGAAAGUACAUCCUCCUGUCAAUCUCUUGAACAUGGCUCUGUUCCAGAAAUCCUCAUUGGGCUGCUUUACAACGCCACUACUGGAAGAUUAUCAGCAGAAGUGAUAAAAGGCAGCCAUUUCAAAAACCUGGCAGCAAACAGACCACCCAAUGGACUGUUCUGUUGUCUAAAACACUUGAUAGGUGGACAGGUUUAUAUAAUCCGAGAUACAUACGUUAAGUUAACGCUGCUGAACUCCAUGGGCCAAGAGAUGUCCAAAUGCAAGACAUCCAGCCGCAGAGGGCAGCCAGAUCCAGUGUACAAAGAGACUUUUGUCUUUCAAGUGGCCCUGUUUCAGCUUUCUGAUGUGACUCUGAUACUGUCUGUGUAUAACAAGCGCAGCAUGAAGAGAAAGGAGAUGAUAGGAUGGAUUUCCUUAGGUCUGAACAGCUCUGGGGAAGAAGAGCUCAGCCACUGGACUGCAAUGAAGGAGUCCAAGGGACAGCAAGUAUGCAGGUGGCAUGCCCUGCUGGAGUCAUGAGGACGAGGGUGACUGAACCCGAGCCCAGCACUGCCACUGUCACCUGGUCACCGUCAGAGGAGCCAUUCUCUAGGGUCCUCUUUAACACCCAACAAGAACGUCCAGCACUGAGCUGAUGCAAACAAGAUGUGUGUCUGGUAGAGCUUGUGUGAGAACCAAGAACGUGUGUCAUUAUUGUUAAUCAGUCCUCCAGAAAUUUAAUAAUAUGGUUUUGAUUUGAAGUUAAUUUUAUUUUAGCAAAAAAGCCAGUAAUUUCAUGGAAGAUAGUGUGAUUUAAAAACCAGAAUUUUAGCUGCAGGACUACUUUAUAUCACCCACAUACUAUCCAUAAAGCAUUUGACUGGCCAGUCCCUGGAGUUUGGAAUAUUUGAAAAAAGUAGGUCUCCAGUGAUUACAAUAGUGUCUUUCGGUGAAGGUUCAACACAUUGAAGAUCAUUUUAUUUUAGAUGUGUUCUCUCUGCGCCUCAAUUCUUAUCCAUAACACUAAACCCAAGGGCAGAAUUUCCUAUAGGAAAUUUUAAGGUUGGUUUGUUUGUUUAAAGUUUAUUCUUUAUUUCCCCCUGCUUUUUCCUGAUCCAAAGAGACCAUGUCCCACUGGUCCCUUGCAAACCUUUCUGGCAGGUGUUACUGUAGACCUGCGAACUUUCUGUUGAAAUCACUUCCUGUGUUCUGUGUUCUAGUGCAGAGAUCAACAGAGCAGAGCUCCAGCUUACGAUUUCCUUCCGUGAUCGAUUCUUUACAACUGUAUAAUGUGGGGGGACAAAAAAAGCAAUUCAAGUUAAAGGAAAAUUAUCUGCUCUAAGGGUUUAAUAUCCAGCAUGCAUAAAGCAGGCAGCAUCCAAAGUAAGCAGCCCCUCUCUCUAGUCUUCACCACGUCAUUGUCUGCUGUGAAGACCAUCCCGUUCUCAGUGUGAUUCAGAGCAUCAAGUGAAGAGCGGCUCUGACUCUUACGAAGGUUCUUGUGACUGGCUGUGUUUAUGAAAUCUACUUUUCAAUGUGAUGACAUUCUGUGCCUUUCAUGUAAGUUAAACUUGCUCACACAGCUUGGAAGUUGUAUUUGCAGAAUCAGGUCUUCAGCUUCUAUAAAUGUCAAGACUCCUCCUGGGAGCAGUGUCCGCGCCUGCGCGCCUCUGUAACAUGGGAAGUUGCAUGCUGCGCUGAUCUUUACAUGACCAGGUGCUUUCCUUUGCUGGUUUCAUACUGAGAAACUCUAAUUGGAAAUAUUAUAAGCUAUUUUCUUUUCAUUUUGCUUCUGACAUAACAUCAUUUUGUGCAUAUACUUUCUUAAAUAGAAUAUGUUUUGCAUAUAUGAAGGUGUUUUCUUUUUGCUUUCUCAUUUUUAAUUAAACAAAAAUAUACUAUUUGCCAGUUAGUAAAAAGCUGCACCAUGUUCCAAGCUAAGCUGAGCUCUCUGGACUGUUCCUACAAGCUAGAACUUACCAUUACCAUAAUAGCGAAAUCGGGUAUUGAUUUAUUACAAAUGUGGCAGUACUGACAGGCCUAAAAAAUGCAAAAGGCCACGAACUUCUAC